UCGCGCGAGACUCAGCGACGGGAUUUUGAAGUUAGGGAACAGCCGCAGCGCACGCGCACUGGCCUCACAACCUCAGGGCGGCACGCGGGUAGGUAGACUAGAACUCAGAGAAGGGGAAGCAGAGCGUGCAGGUGUCUUUUUUUUUCUUUCCCAGCGCAGUGCGUGAAUCUGAGGGUCGCCGGAGGUGCGGAGCGCUGGGCCUGGCUUGGUCUCCCCGGCGCGCGUGUGACUGUGCCGGGUGCCCUCGUGCUCCUCCACGAGUUGCAGGAGUGCAGCGGGCGUGUACCCGGGUUGCCGGGACAGGAGCUUGUGGUCGCCUUUCCCUUUUUAACGGUCGCCCCUCACGUACACACUCCAGUCCCCUGAGAGUUGGUCUUCGUGCCCCCGGCGCGCCCCUGCUCACCCGGUCCCUCCCACCAACCUCCAGUUCCCGCUUGCUCCUGAUCAGGAGUCGGCUUCAUCCCUGGGGUCCCUGCUUGGGGGCGGAGAAGAUGGCUGGCGGACGUCUGCUGUUGGGGGGCGACUUCCUGUCGCCGCCGCCGCUACCCCCCCUCCCGCCGCCGCCGCCGCCGCCCCUCCCGCCGCCCCCGCCCGAGCCAGUGCUGGAGCAGUGGCGCUAUAGCCACGAAAGUGACUGGCAGUGGGCUCUGCGGCGCAGCUUCAUCUGUCGGCACCUGCACAGUUAUCCCGGGGCUGCCCUAGACCAGCUCCUCGCGCUCUCCGCUGCCUGGACCAACCACGUUUUCUUGGGCUGCAGAUAUAGGAGAAAGGGAAGGGGCAAUAAAGAAUCAUGGAAACUAGGAACCAAGUGUAAUCUUCCACUUGAGGCAGGCUUUAUGUCAGCUGUCAUCUUCAGGUACAGCCCACGCUUGAUGGAAAAAAUUCUCCAAAUGGCUGAAGGUAUUGAUAUUGGGGAGAUGCCUUCAUAUGAUCUGAUGCUGUCCAAGGCCUCCAAAGGUCAAAAACGUCACCUCUCAACAUGUGAUGGUCAAAAUCCUCCUAAAAAGCAAGCCGGUUCCAAAUUCCAUGUGAGACCUCGUUUUGAGCCUGUACAUUUUGUAGCUAGUAGUUCAAAAGACGAAAGACAGGAAGAUCCUUAUGGCCCUCAAGCAAAAGAGAGAAAUGAACAAACACAUUUUGCUAACAUGCCAAGAGACAUCUACCAAGAUUAUACUCAAGACUCUUUCAGUAUACAAGAUGGGAACUCUCAGUAUUGUGAUUCAUCAGGAUUUAUUUUCACAAAAGACAAGCCUGUCACAGCCAACAUGUAUUUUGACAGUGGGAACCCUGCCCCCAGCAGCACAUCACAGCAGGCAGACUCUCAGUCACCUCCUGAGCCUUCACCAUCACAGACAUUUCCUGAGUCAGUGGUAGCUGAGAAGCAGUAUUUUAUUGAAAAAUUAACAGCAACUAUCUGGAAGAACCUUUCUAAUCCAGAGAUGACUUCUGGAUCUGAUAAAAUUAAUUACACCUAUAUGUUAACUCGUUGUAUUCAGGCAUGUAAGACAAAUCCUGAAUAUAUAUAUGCUCCUUUAAAAGAAAUCCCUCCUGCUGACAUCCCCAAAAAUAAAAAACUUCUAACAGAUGGUUAUGCCUGUGAAGUUAGAUGCCAGAACAUCUACUUAACUACAGGCUAUGCUGGCAGCAAGAAUGGGUCCAGGGAUCGAGCUACUGAGCUAGCUGUAAAACUCUUGCAGAAACGUAUUGAAGUUAGGGUUAUCCGACGGAAAUUCAAGCACACAAUUGGAGAGGACCUUGUGGUGUGUCAGAUUGGCAUGCCUUCCUAUGACUUUCCUCCAGCUCUGAAACCACCAGAAGAGCUGGUGGUGCUGGCUAAAGAUGCUUCUGGGCAGCCGAUUUUUAAUGCUUCCGCCAAACACUGGACCAAUUUUAUCCUUACAGAAAAUGCAAACGAUGCAAUUGGUAUCCUUAACAAUUCUGCCUCAUACAACAAAAUGUCUGUUGAAUACAAAUAUGAGAUGAUGCCAAAUCGUACAUGGCGUUGUCGAGUGUUUUUGCAAGAUCACUGCUUAGCUGAAGGUUAUGGAACCAAAAAAACAAGUAAACAUGCAGCUGCUGAUGAGGCUUUGAAAAUCCUUCAAAAAACACAGCCCACUUAUCCAUCUGUCAAAAGUUCACAGUGCCAAGCAGGCUCUUCCCCCAGGGGAUCUGGAAAGAAGAAAGACAUAAAGGAUCUUGUAGUUUAUGAGAAUUCUUCCAAUCCUGUGUGCACGCUGAAUGACACAGCUCAGUUUAACCGAAUGACAGUUGAAUACGUCUAUGAAAGAAUGACAGGCCUCCGAUGGAAAUGCAAGGUGAUUCUCGAGAGUGAAGUAAUUGCAGAAGCAGUUGGAGUGAAGAAAACUGUCAAAUAUGAAGCUGCGGGGGAAGCUGUGAAAACCCUCAAAAAGACCCAACCGACUGUUAUUAACAACUUGAAGAAAGGAGCUAUUGAAGAUGUGAUUUCCAGAAAUGAAAUUCAGGGCCGCUCAGCAGAGGAGGCUUAUAAACAACAAAUCAAAGAAGAUAACAUUGGGAAUCAGCUGCUGAGAAAGAUGGGUUGGACGGGUGGUGGUUUAGGUAAAUCUGGUGAGGGCAUUCGGGAGCCAAUCUCCGUCAAAGAGCAGCAUAAGCGGGAAGGGCUUGGCCUUGAUGUAGAGAGGGUAAAUAAAAUUGCCAAGAGAGAUAUUGAACAGAUCAUCAGAAACUAUGCCCGCUCCGAGAGCCACACGGAUUUAACUUUCUCUACAGAGCUGACUAAUGAUGAGAGGAAGCAAAUACAUCAGAUCGCCCAGAAGUAUGGUCUUAAGAGUAAGUCUCAUGGGGUGGGCCACGACAGGUACCUGGUGGUAGGAAGAAAAAGACGGAAGGAGGACUUACUUGACCAGCUCAAACAGGAAGGCCAAGUAGGGCAUUACGAGCUGGUGAUGCCUCAAGCAAAUUGAGAUCUUGCUAAUUUAUUGUGCAGAUGCCUGAGGCAGAUUUGUGAAUUAAAGAAGUGAUGCUACAUGUACUGGUUGCAGAGUAUAUUCAUUCUUACGAUGUUUCACCUUGUUCAUUUCAUAUAGUGCUUUAUUAGAUAUUGCAACUUGAAGAAUACUGUCCACUUGUAUUAGCUUAAUCCAGCAGAUAAUAUUGUGCAGUUACUGUUUAUGUCUUUGAUAUUGCUGUGUCCCUCAGAUUUUAGUGGUUUGUACAAAGCAAGAACACAUAUCCAAAUGGAAUUUCACCCCAAGAAAGAAAUUCCCAUUUUAAAGGGCAUAGCACAGCAAUCUGCAACAAUAUGUAAAAUUGAUGUUGACUACAAUAAAACUGCUAAGUCGC